AAAUUAUUUGCAUAUAAAUUUUUGCAUUUUUAGGGAUUUUUAUGAUUUACUUAUGACAGUAUGUUAAAUUUUUACCCAAUCUGUUUAGAAAAUAGAAAUAUCAAUGAACAUCAAUUAAAACACAUUUAUAAUUAUUGUAACGAUAUAUGUGACGUUAUAAAUCAAAAUUAUGAAUUCAAUAAUAAAUUAUUAUAAUGUACUUGGUUGUACCAAAGAAUCAACAGCUGAAGAUAUAAAACGUGCAUAUCAUGCAUUAGCUUUGAAAUUUCAUCCAGAUAAAAAUACAUCGGAAUUUGAUGGUAUAAAGUUUCAGCUUGUUUUAAAAGCAUGGCAUGUUUUGCGUGAUCCUAAAUUAAAAGAAGAAUAUGAUGCCAUACAAAAACAAGAAGAAUUAGAUUCAGAAAGUAUUUUGACAUAUGCAAAAAUAUCAGUGAAUGAAUUGGAAGCAACAAAUGAUAAUGAAAAUAUAUUAAUUUAUCGAUGUAGUUGUGGAGGAUUAUAUUGCAUUCAAAAGGAAUAUAUUCAGAAAAAAAAUCAAUCAAUACAUAUACCUUGUUUAGAAUGUACUUUUUCUAUUAUUGUUGAAACAUGAUAUUUAUAUAAAGAGUACAAAAACACGAGGUAAAAAAAACAAGAUUUAAAAUGCAGCAACAUUUUCUAUUUCUUAUAAAAAAUGAUACAACAGAUAACACAUCAUUACAAAUAUAAACUAUUGAGCAAUAUACAAAUAAAAACACGAUUCUUAAAAUAUCCUAGGUUCAAUAAUAAAAAUUGCAUUUACACGAAUCGUGUUUUGCAUUGGCAAUUGAAGAUUACAAAAUUUAUUGUCAAUUAGAAUUAAUUGUAUAACUUGUAUAGCUUAUAUAAUUUCUAUAAUGAGAAAGGGAUAUAUAAAAAACUAAUUUAUUAUAAAAAUCUAUAGAUUUGCAACUUAUUUCAAUUUUGUUGAUAUUUAUAACUUUGGACAAAUUUAUAACUUAUUUAUGUUUAUUCUUAAAUAACUGAUUUUAUAUUGUUUAAUUGAUUCGUGCAUAUUGCACAGGAUAGAUUUGCAACUCUUAUUAUUGCACCAUGGCAAAACCAGACUUGUUACUAAUGUCAAAAAAUCAAUAUAUUUUAUUUAAAUAUAGACAAUCCAAUUAAAUUACUAUCACGAAUAUUCAAUUAACCCUGGUUGUCUAGUCAGCAAACAAUAAAUAGCAAUUGUUUUUUUGAACAUGUUACGCAUGGAAAAUCAAAUACUAAAUUGAUAAAUAUUUGAUAACGUAAAAUAGAAGUAUAAAUUUUUUUUUUACAUUUAUAUUUGUACAAUCAUUCCAUUUAAUUAUGUUUAUAGAACGAUAUAUUGAAAAGUAAUAAAACAUCUAUAUUGUGUUGCAAUAUGGACAAACUAUAAAAUGUUUAAUAAAACUAUUCAUACAUAAUAAUUUGAUCUUGCAUGUAUAUUUACUAUAUA